AUGUGGCUGGGGAAGCCAUGGACUUCAAUUCUCUUCGGCCUGCGCGGCCGCCGCUGCAGCUUUUGCUGCUUCUGCUUCCUUGCGCUCUGGUGCAGCGUUUUUUGUGCCUUCAUGCUCAGCGACACACUGCUCAGCUUCCACAGGGGUGGCAUCUGGCGGGCGUACUUUAUGCCCACGCCGGAGAUGUGGGACUCCAUCCAUCGUCACGGGGAUAGCUCCUCCGGUGGAAUUUGGCAUUACGACAAGGUCAAAAUGGAGGCCAACCAUGCCGUCAGAUACUUGAUGGAGAAAACGUACGGCACUCUGCUGGACGUCUCCUGCAACGUCGGCUUCACCUUGGCCAACUUGCUGCGGCGCCACCCAAGAGCCCGACACUUUGGGACGGACAUCAGCAGAGUCAUGGUGGAUGCCACGAAGAGGAACUGCCCUGGCUGCUGGGCCACGCAGUUUGACCUCGGCCGUCUCCAGAACACGAGGAGCCCGAGACAUCUGCUCCGGAGUGCCUGGCAGCUUGAGGGGCCCAAGGAGCAGCUUGAGGAGCUUGAGGUGCCAGAGACCUUCGACGUGAUCCUGGUUUCCGACGUGUUGAUCUACAUCAGCUGGGCUGGCAUACCACCGUUCUUUCUACGGUGUCACUGCUGUUGCUCAGUCUUCCGCAGCUGGGCACUUUCUUCUCAGAGAGCUUUCAUGCAGAACAUUGCGAGCCUGGCAAAGGACGAGGUCGUCUUCUCGCAGCACCAGAACAACAUCGUGGUGACCACCAUGAUGAGGGAGCUGAAGGUCCGCUUCGAUGAAGACCGCGGUGUCUGGAGACUUCCUGGCACAGCCAAGGCAGCCAAUCACACCGUCGCAUGA